GAUUCGGAUUCGGCUGCUCUAUGUGCUGUUGAAAGAUCGCAUUGCGACAGUUUCGCUUGCAACGUGUUGAGUGCAGUGCAGUAUAUCGAUUUGAGUUGACCGCGUUGCACGAGACCGCGCCACGUGGAAAAUAGGUAAACAGGAGGGCAUCCCAGCCAGCAAUGUCAUCGAUCAGCAGCCUUGGGGCCGAGAAACCGCCAUCCGCCAUGCCACCAAUAGAGGCAGCGGCAGCUGCUACUAAUAAUUCUCCGAGGCUCGUUGAUGGCAUCAUAAAUCAAAAGCCUGAGUCAUCCAUGCUGCCAAUGGGGCCGCCGCCGGAAGUGCCAAGCGCUGGCCUGCAGUUUCCGCUGUGCCGAUGGGUCACGCGUUCGCGAUUCCCACCGAAUCAGUCAGAGCAGCGCCGUCAGUGUCAGAAGAACACGCCACCAAAAGGAAUAUACAAACAAUAUGUGCACCCAGCAGACGCUCAAAAGUUUCCCAUGCAAAGAAAUGUUUACCAGGUGAAACGGCGGCGCUUUCCCUUGCGUCUCUCUCGGGGAACGGCUCCUCCCAGCCUUCCCGUUUCGGAAGAAUUCAAGAGAUUUCCCAUCGGAUCUCAGGUGCCUGCCGCCUCAAUCACUCUCACCUUUCCCGAACUGGGCCAAAUACCGAAGAGGAAUGUCAGUUCUGCAAUUCGGCAAGCAGCCAUGACCACAACCACAACGAUGACUCGACGGGGGCAGGUGCGGGUGCCACCCGCGGCGAAGGCGCCCCAAGAAUUUCCCAUAAUUAAAAAACGAUUUGUUAGCUUUCCCAAUCAUCAUCGAACGAUGGUCAAUGGCGACGGCGACGGCAACGGCAACGGCAACGGCAACGGCGGGGGGCAUGGAGAUCCAAGCGGUGGGAUAAAGAUGCUGUCGUGGCCAACGGAUGUGGUGCCCACACCACCACCAACAACAACAAUGACGCAGAUGAGCCGCGACACAAUCCCCAAAAUAGACACGGAUCCGCAAUGGACAGGCGGAGAAGGUGGUGCUGCUGCCGCCGCCGCUGCCGCUGCUGUCUCCGUGAACGCCACAAAUGAUGAUGAUGAUGAUGUACAUAAGGUGUUUGAUAAUGAACUCGAACCUCAUGGGCGUCGGCCGGGGGAGACAGCAGCAGCAUUAAACUUGAACGUGCCCGAUGCCGAAGGUGUUGGCGAGCAGAAGGAAAUCGAGCAUCAACAGGCGGAAAAUUUUAAUGACGCCUUCGGCCAGCGACACGACCACGACCACAACGACAGCGAGAACGACGGCGACGACGACGGCGACGGCGACGGCGACUACGCCAUGGAUGUGGAUGUGCCCAAAAAUAAACACGAAAUAUGCGAGCAAAGCAAAUUAGAGAAGGUCUUUGGGGAGGCGGAGGCGGAGAUGGAGCAUGGGCGGGCCGAAGAUCAUAAUGAGCUAAAUAUGACUAAAGAGGGGAGCAACAAUUUAGCACAUCAAGAGCAGCAGCCACCACAGCAGAGGCAGAGGCAGCAGUCAAUAUGUUUAGCCGGGGAGCAAACAAUAGAUGGGAAUGGGCAUGGGGCGACGGCUGCCUCCACCAGCGCCAGCAGCCACAGCAACCACCAGCGGCAGCAGCAGCAGCAGCGGCUGCGGCGGCAGCUGCCCGUCGAUCUCUCAGACGCGCGCGAAACGUCGCCAAAGCAAGUGGACGAUCCGAAUCAGAUCCGAAUUCCGACUCAUAUUUGUCUAAUCGACGGCGGCGGCAGUCACGUUCAAUCGGAGCACGGAUCAUUGGGCAGUCCCAGUGCCGGGCCAGAGACAGUAACGCGUCCAAAUAUAGAACUACUGAAGAGUUCCGUUCGCGCUUUCCUCGCAGAGGGUGCCGUCGCCACCCGCACCGCAGCGCCACCGCAGCUCGACUUUGAGCUGAUUGAUCUGCUGACCGACGCAAUUGAGUUCCUGUGCGAACCCACCACAACGGGCAACCUUUGGAGCGCAGCUGAGCCACAGGCAGAGGCAGAGGCAGAGACAGAGACAGAGACAGAGGCAGAGCCAGAAGCGGGAGUGGGAGUGGAGCAGAGUGCGGACAUGACUGUGAGCAAAGUGAGCGAGGAUCGGGACAGUGAAACAAUCGUCGUUGCCGACGUUUAUCUCGACCAAGUCGAUCAGCCCACCGAGGUGGAUGACAACAACAACAACAACAACAACAACAACAGCAGCAGCAACAACAGCAGCGGUAGCCCUGUCAAUGCCAGCAGCGAGAUGAAGUACGAACUGAAGACUGCAUCCACUGCAACACUGCCAAGCAGACGUCUGCCCACCACCGUCACCCCCCUGAGCAGCACUCCAAUACCAGGAGUCCCGACACUGGCAGCCCCACCCACAAGUCGCUUCCACCAGCCGACCAGUCGUAUACGAAAUGUGGAUGCAGUGCCUGCCCCCAUCACACCCCUCCUGCUGGGUGAACAGCUGAAACGCAGCUCCGCCAGCCGCGACGACAUCUCCAUAGACCCCGAGUCAGUGCUGCCAGAGCGGACGCGUCUGCGUCGACAGCGGCGCAUGCGGUCGCAGGACUCGGUCGAGGAGAAGCCCGAGGAUGUCAUCGAGCGGCUGAACAAGCUCAAGGCCCGCAUAUCGGGAGCGCUCAGUGAGGUCAAGGGUGUCCUCAAGCAGUACAGCACCGAGAGCGAGGCGGAGGCCGCCGGCGAGAAGUGGCUGGGGCCGCCACCGUCACCCAAACCAGCAGCUGAGAGCGAAAGUGGAGCAGCAGGAGCAGGAGCUGCAGCAGGUACUCCUCCGGUGACAUUCCGUUUUGUGAGCAAGGUGCGACGUCGCAGCUACUUUGACGAGGCAGAGGAGGAGAAGGAGAAGGAGCAGGAGCAGGAGCAGGAAAAGGAAGCCACUAAAGAAGACGUCAGGGAGAAUCAUGUACCGAAACCUGCCAGAGAUCUCAAGGACCAAAAGGAUGAGCCAAAAACCGCCGAAAGCCAAGAAAACUCAACGGAGAUCAAGCCAAAGAUCAAUGAAUCAACAGAACCGAAGGAACCCGCAACCAAACCCCAAGAAGCUGAAGGCCUGAAAGCUUCAGCUGCCUCUUCGGAGCCACCGCCUGUCAAUGGAGAGCCAUCCAAGGCGAAAGUGCCAGAGAAGAGCAAAGCCCAGGCCAAAAUGGACUUCCUGGCCAAAGUGCAAAGUGAACUGAGGGCAAAGUCCGCGAAAGAACCUAAGGAAUCUCCCAGAGCGUCCGCAACCCCAGAGGAGACCCCGACACCAGCGGAACCCGCACAAAAACCGACAGAAGAAACAACGCCAACCGCAACCGCACUGCCAAAUGAGUCAGCCACGCAACCAGCGGCCAAGUUGGAUGCGCCAGCGACCGUCAAGACCGUCAAGACCGUCAAAAAGAAAGUCGUGGUAAAGGCAAAGGUGAAUCCCCGACGCGCCUCAAUUGCAGCGGUGGAGCCAUCCAAGAUCAAGAUCGAGCCGGCAGUCGAGCAGAUCGAUGCACUCAUCGCACAAAGGCGACCCUCCGACUCGGAGGCGAUUGUCAAGCGCAAGAAGAAGCAGAAAUUAAUGAGCAGCAUUGCAGCAGCAGCAGCAGCGCCAUUAACUUCCGGCAAUCAGAAGGAGGCGGAGACGGCUACAGCAACGGGCACGACGGACUCUAUAGCCGAGGAGACAGCGGUCAAGCCAGAACCCCUGGCUAAAGCAAAAAGUGAACAAUUGGCGACGGCAGAGGUCAAUGCGGUGGCAGCUAAAAGCGAAACGAAGUCGGCUGCCAAAAGCCGCCAAGGAGAUGAAGCGGCGACGAGACCAGCGACAAGUGCCACUGCAACAGAAGCAGAAUCGGCAUCCGAGUCAGAAGCUACAAAGGCCCAGCCAAAACGAUUGCAGAUCGAUGAGGCUGCUGCCCCUGCGAUUGCCAAUCAAGCGCCAGCCAGUGGACGAGGCAGACGCGCAAGCCUGAAACUAGCGGAGUUGGUAGGCGAGACGGUGCUGGUGGUGCCGGCAUCAAGUGCAUCCGCAGCCACAUCCACAGUCACAGUCACAUCCACAGCCACAUCCCCACCCACGACCAGCCCAGACCCAGCAGAGACAGUGCCUGCAAUUAUCAGCUCAUUAAGCGAGUCCAAAGAACCCAUUAAUCAGUCGGCAGUUGUACCGGAGAUUGCCAUUCCUUUCGAGACGCAGGUGGAAGCAACGCCCCAACAGGUGGCCGUCGCUGCUGACAUUGAAGGCGCCGCCAGUGCCGCCAGUGCCGCCAGUGCCGCCUCCGUCGUCGACCAGUCAGCGCCACAAAUAGCAGCGACAUUGAGCGAAGUGCCGCACGAAGAGUCAUCGUUACAGCAACAGCAACAGCCAGAGCCGCAGCUGCAGCCACAGAAGAGCCAAUCCGGGGAAGCUACAAAAGACAACGCACAGGCGCAUACUGGCAACAGUCUUGCCACCAUGCCGGAGCUGAAAGUACUUGCGGGCCCGGUGCAGCCCGUGAAGAUCGAAACCGUCGAGCAGCCGCACGAUGGGGACAAGGACAAGUCGGAUCACCUGUCCGUCAUCAAGAAGAAGUCUGCGCCGCACCUCAAGAAGCUGGUGCGCAAGAAUUCCAUAGACAAAGCGAGGGAGAAGGACAAGGAGGAGCCCCAGGACACCAGCAAGCUGAGCAACAUACUCCGGGACAAGAACAAGAUCAGCGAGCUCUCCUCGAGAAUCAACAAGCUAACGCCGCCCAAGAAGCAGGUCAAGCAGGGCCAACUGGAGCCGGCGCCUGUCGCCCUGCCGGAACAGGAAAAUGUGAAGGCCGAAGGAGAAGCUCCAAGCGGGGAGAUCAACCAAAUCGAACCCGAACCCGAACCCGAGCCCGAGCCGGAGCCAGAGCUUGAGGCAGAGCCGCCCACUCCCCCGCCAAAGAAGCCGCGCAAGAUCAAAAAGAAGGUGAUCAUCAAGCGGCAGAAGCGACGCCUCUCCAUCAGCGACACAUUCUUCAUCCAGCCGGAGCCGGAGGAGCCGAAGGAGCCCGAGAUCGAGACCAUCGAGAAGGCCAUCGCCUAUGUGACCGACGACGAGGACGACAAGCAGCAGCCGGAGCAGGAGCAGGAGCCAGUGCCGGCCAAGCCCCUGAAGUCCUGCCUGCACGUGCGCGAAUACAAGAUCGGGGAUCUGGUGCUCUACGCGGAGCGCUUUCGCAAGACGCAAGUGCGCUGGAAGCGCGGACGAGUGCUCGACAGGAUUACGGGCAUCUCGUACAAGCUGGAGAUCGAGGGCAAGGAGGUGGCCGCCCACGUCAGCUACAUCAAGAAGUACACGGGCCGCAAGGUGCGGUUCGGCAACAAGGAGUACCUGGAGAUUGACUACGAGCAGGUGGCCGAGGAGGAGCGACGGGCGGCCAGCUACAGCAUAUGGAAUAUGGUGUAGAGUGAGUGUCCUACUGUGAGUGUCCCUGUGUCCUUGUGUCCCAGUGUCCGCCCCCCAUCGAUGCGUCGCCCCCCCAUCGUCUCGUCUUGCCUUUGAGUAGAAUUAAAAAAUUGUUUUCAUUCAAGGAAGGAUUUUUUAAGGAUCUCAACUCGACAUUCAAUUAUGUUAUAGUCUUUCGUCUCUAGCUAGUCGUAUGUGUAAUCUUCCUGUAAAUAGAUUAGCGUUAGUUAUCCUAAAGAUAGUCGCAGCCAUGAGUAGUAGAAGGCCAAAAUUUGAGUGUACAUUAUUCCAGAAUCAGUUGAUGGAGUCACCAACUGGAGUUCUAGUCGAUUUCGAUGUUUCCUUUCGUUCAACGCUUUGGAGAGUCUACAUUUUAAGUACUUAUGUGUAAUUAUAAACAAACAAACCAAUUUAAUGUUAAAUAAAAGCCGAAAAAUAUUUCAGAAA